UCGAUGGAUGCACUGGGGCGAUGCAUGUGGCUGGUUACUGAGGAUACGUUAACUGUAAGAAUAUAGGAGCACGUGAAGCUAAUUGAAAUUCAUUGCUUUGACCACGGAUUGUAUCUUUCAUUUACCUAUCAUGAAAGUAAAAGGCUUACGCGUAAAUCCGUUACAUCGUCCCAAGGAAACGGAAUCAAGAAAUGUCGAAGAUGAAAACAAAACUGAUAAUGACCAACGGAAAAGGAAGGUUUUGUUCCCUUGUGAAGAUAAUUUUAAUCACAUAAAAUGUAAAAUUGUUCGGCGUCAAAAAAAAGAGAAACUUAAGAGAGAAAAAGCUAAAGCCAAACGAGAAACUAGAAAAAGUAGAUUGCAAGAAGGAGGACCUAAGCAAGUUCCUCAUACAAUAGAAAAUUUACGUGAGCAAGACGAAACCAUCGUUCAAGGAAAUUUAGAUUGUCAAGAGAAUGAAGAAAUUAAACAGGACAUUGAGCAGGAUGAAUUUGCAUCUUAUUUUCGUCAAGAUUACGAGCCCAAAGUUCUAAUAACGUAUUCGGACAAUCCUACGAAGAAAACUAGAAUUUUUGGCCGAGAAUUAACCAGGAUUAUUCCAAAUUCAAUAUCGUUUUAUAGGAAUCGAUCUGGUGUUAAAAAAAUUAUUAAAAGUGCUGUUGGUAAGGGCUUUACAGACAUGAUUGUUCUCAACGAAAAUAUGUCUCAACCAAAUGGCAUGCUGAUUAUUCAUUUGCCGGAUGGCCCCACACUGCAAUGUAAAUUGAGUAAUGUAAAAAUUACUCCUGAACUAAAGCGAAGUCAUAAAGAAAUUACGCAACAUAGGCCUGAAGUUAUUUUAAACAAUUUCACGACUCGUCUAGGUUAUUCAGUGAGCAGGAUGCUUGGUGCAUUAUUUCAUUAUCAACCAGAGUUUAAAGGUCGAAGAGUUGUAACGUUCCACAAUCAGAGGGAUUACAUAUUUUUUAGACAUCACAGAUAUGAAUUUAAUUCAAACACGAGGAAGCCAAGGUUACGAGAAUUGGGACCAAGGUUUACUUUAAGAGUAAAAUCCUUACAGCACGGAACAUUCGACAGUAAAUACGGAGACUAUGAGUGGAUUAUGGAAGGUCGUCGUCACGCAAUGGAGUCCAGCAGAAGAAAGUUCUUCUUAUAAAUAAAUAUAUUUUGUAAAGACUAUACUACACUGUAAAAAAUGAAAAGAAUUUUACGAAAUAUAACUGUAAAAUUACCAAUUUCCUCACGUAAUAUAACCACAUUCAGCGUAGGGAUACUCCGAUUUGUGGAAUAGAAAUCACAGGUCAGAAAAAGAAAUCUUAAUAUUACAUUUUAUAUAGUCGGCAUCUUACUGCCCUCUGUAGGAAUACUUCGGAGAUUAUAAAUA